UCCCUACCUAGCUAGCUAGCUAUAAGCCUGGCCUUUAGUUAGUUCUUCCUAGCCAGCUCUCUCUCAUUAACUAGCUCUUAAUUUGCCGAGAAAAUUAAAAUGAGUGGUCUGAAGGGAGAACUGGUGGCGGAAGUGGAGGUGAAGUCUCCGGCGGAUGAAGUUUAUGACAUAUUCAAGGGGAAGAUGCACCACUUGCCGGGCAAGUGCUCUAAGAGAAUUCAGGAUGUGAAGGUGCAUCAUGGCGACUGGCACCUUGAUGGCUCUAUCAAGAAUUGGACCUACGUUGUGGCUGUUGAUGGGAAAGUGGAGAGUGGAAAGGAGAAAGUGACAAUAGACGACGAGAAGAAGACGGUGAGGAUGGUGUUUUUCGAAGGAGACCCAAUGAAGGACUACAAAGUGUACAACGUCGUCAUUCAGGUUAUUCCAAAGGGCGAAGGUGGAGUGGUGAAAUGGACUUUGGAAUACGAGAGGCGCAGUGAGAGCAUUCCUCCUCCCCAUCGAUACCUUGAUUUCGUCACCAAACUCACUAAAGAUCUCGACGCCUCUCUGCUCAGUGCUGCGUGAGCCAUAUAUAUUAAAAUAGCCUUAUGCUGAACUAGGAGUACUAGCUACCUAGUUAGUUAUAUUGUGGUGCUUUUGUAUGAACUACAUACAAUAAGAGCUCGAAGGCGUCAUCGAUAAGUGGUUUCUACAUAUGUUGUUUCCUCGAUGGACCCAUUAAUCAGCUCUCUCGUACUAUUAGCUAUGUGUCUAUGUAUGAUUUUGAUGCGCAUCUAUCUAUGAAUGAAGCUUCGUGUAUGUUAA